AUGCGCACCGCCAUGCUGCGCGGCCGUAUCUCGCCAGCAGCCCUGGCCUCCCCGAAGACCCCGUUCCAGGUCCGCAUGGGCAGCACCACCUCGACCCGAAUGGCCACCCCAACGAUUCAGCCCUCAAUGCUCCUCCAAACAAGCUUACGGCCGCAGAACAACUCGAUUCCGGCCUCGUGUGUGCUCCGGACCACCGUCCGCGCGAACUCGACCUCCUCCGCGCCCCCGAUGGACGAAGCCAAGUUGGACUGGAACUCGUUUUUCAAGCUGCGGGCUACUCGUCGGAGGUACUCUGUUGCGUCGUCUGCUGUGACCUCGGUUGUCACUACUGUUUUCGGUGUGCAGUACCUGUCGACUCAAGAUAUUGAAUCGCUGGGAGCGCAGGUGAUGGGAUUGGACCCGAUUGUGGUUCUGGGUAUGUCGACGAUGGCGUGCGGUGCGGCGGGUUGGUUGUUGGGUCCGUUUGUUGGUAAUGGACUCUGGUCGUUGGUGAACCGGAAGUACACGGCUGCUUUUGCUAGGAAAGAAAAAGAGUUCUUCGACCGCAUUCGCCGCUUCCGUGUCGACCCCUCGUCCAACUCGAUUGCGAACCCUGUGCCCGAUUACUACGGUGAGAAGAUUGGCAGUGUGCAGGGAUACCGGUCGUGGUUGAAGGAUCAGAGAGCGUACAACCGGAAGAGGCGCAGCUUCAUCGUUUAG